CUUGCUGAUUUAUAACUAUAAAAUUUGGCAAGCAAUGUAACAAGUGCAAGUAAAAGUCUGAAAACAAUUUUGUUAUUGCAAAUCCUUAAAAAUGUAGUUUUAUAUUUGAAAGGGCUUGAUGUUUAAUCAAUCGCAAAUCAGACUAUACAAAACUAUCAAAUUUAUCCACUUGAUUUUAAGCCUUAAUGCAUUCUAUGUAGUGUUCAAAAUCAAUUGAGGAAAGAAACAUUGUGGCGACCUGACUUUCAGCCGUGUGUACAUAUUUCUAAAUAUAUAUUAUUCCAGAAUUACUGUCCGAUUCGCACAUGACCUAAUAUGUGUUUUCGCAGACAAAAGUUAUUCGAAGUGGUAUACAAGGCGGUGUACGGGAACUUCCGUGUGCACAUGGACCAAGUGUUGACAGAGUUAGGCUAUGUGCCCGAAGGGGAGAAAUGUGCCAACAAGCACGCUGCUAACAUAUUUUUUGGUAAUUACAUGGAACCGGAUGCCGACCCCAAGAUAUACGACCAGCACAUUAAACUCACGUUCCUCCGUGGCAGAGUGGUACGCACGCCAGUUUCAACACCGAGAUUCCAGGUCCGGAUUCUGAGACACUCCAUAAUACGGGCUUUAGCUACACAUCUUGGAAUCUGAGCAAUGUAUGUGAUGUUGUCUAAAAUUUAUUUAUUUACGUUAUUUAGGUGAUGGACCUCGACGACAUGGCAGUUAAGAUGGAGUACUACCUGGAGGAGUAUAAUGUGGUGUCUUCGUCGCCGAUGUCCCUCGUCAUGUUCCGAUACGCACUCGACCACAUAUCGCGGUGCACCAGGGUGCUACUUCAAGAUAACGAUAGAAAUAUCCCGAGUGUAUGGUCAAAACGAAUGGCGAGACGAUAUACGCAAGUUGCUCAUGAAAGCAGGAAUCAUUGGCAAACCGCUCGUGUUCCUGUUUGCCGAUAACCAGAUAAUGUAUGAAGGUAUGGUGGAAGACAUAAAUAUGCUACUGAAUACAGGUGACAUUCCUAACCUGUACGGUAUGGAUGAAAAAGUAGAAAUAUUAGACAAAAUGCAGAGUGCGGUCAGGGAGUCGCGAGUGAAAGCCAACCUGCGUAUUGUGCUGGCCAUGUCGCCCAUAGGAGACUCCUUCCGCAACCGUCUCCGUAUGUUCCCCUCACUCAUCAACUGCUGCACCAUCGACUGGUUCACAGCAUGGCCUCCAGAAGCGUUGGAGCGUGUAGCAUCCAUGUUCAUAGCUAAGAUGGAAAAUGUAGGUGACGAUCUUCGUAUUGCUUGCGUCGAAAUCUGCCAAUUGUUUCACAUGACCGUCGUCCAGCUUAGUGAUAGAUUCUAUUCAGAACAGAAGCGAAAGGUGUACGUGACACCAACUAGCUACUUGGAGCUUAUUAAAGCUUUCCAAAGUCUUUACGCUCUUAAGGUAGAUCAAAUAACGAAAGCAAGGAUCAGGUAUGAGAUAGGUCUGGAGCAAUUGGACUUCGCGGCUGGACAGGUGGCAGUGAUGCAGCAGAACUUACGUGAUCUUCAGCCACUGCUCGUGGAGACCUCUGACAAAACAGAAAAACUCAUGAUCAAGAUAGAGCAGGACACUGUUGUGGUUGAGAAACAGAAGGAGAUAGUUGGUGCUGAUGAAGCGUUAGCUAACGAAGCAGCAGCUGCAGCCCAGGCCAUCAAAGAUGAUUGUGAAUCUGAUUUGGCUGAAGCGGUGCCAGCACUCGAAGCAGCUCUUCAAGCGCUUAAUACUCUCAAGCCGGCAGAUAUCACGCUAGUCAAAUCCAUGAAAAACCCUCCUGCGGGAGUCAAGUUAGUUAUGGAAGCUGUAUGUGUCAUGAAGGGGAUCAAGGGUGACAGAAAAAUGGAUGCUAAUGGUAAACCAUUCGAGGACUACUGGGGACCUUCGCAGAAAAUGCUCGGAGACAUGAAAUUCCUGGAAAGCUUGAAGAACUACGACAAAGACAAUAUUCCUACAGCCACCAUGAAGAAAAUUAGGGACAAAUAUAUCCCCGACCGAGAGUUUGACCCUGUAGUCAUCGCAAAGGUGUCUUCGGCUUGUGAGGGUUUGUGCCGCUGGGUACGAGCCAUGGACGUUUACGAUAGAGUCAUCAAG